AUGGGGACACCGUACCUUACUCUCUCCCACUGUUGGGGCGGUAUCAAGUUUCUAACCACGACUCGCGGAAACUUAGGUUCAUUCGAAUCCUCGCUUCCCGUAGACAGCCUAUCCAGAACAUUUCAAGACGCUCUCUUCGCGACCCUAAAUCUAGGCUUCCAGUACAUUUGGAUUGACUCUUUGUGCAUUGUGCAGGACGAUCCUGACGACUGGAGACGCGAAUCGCUCCUAAUGCAUGAAGUGUACAGGAAUGCUAGCUGCAACGUCUCGGCUUCUGGGUUCCCUGACCCGUCGCAAGGUUUCAUACUAGACGAGCGUCGUAUCAGUUCAGACCCGGUGCCUGUUACUUUAGUGAACCAGGUUCCGAAAUCCACGCACUUGACUUCUCAGGACACUUCUAGAAAGGCGUAUCAUCUGAUACGUGAAGACCCAUGGCAGGAGAUGAGAAGAGCUCCGAUCUUUCUUCGAGCCUGGACGUUACAAGAACAAUUACUUGCGACUCGCACUAUACACUUCGGUAAUGAUCAAGUGUACUGGGAAUGCAAAGGCACAGUUGCGAACGAAGUAUGGCCCCUUGGGUGGCUGAAUACUCCGUUGGAAAGCCUGUUUCGAGAACGAACCGACAGCAGCUGGAAAUUCAAGCUUGAUGAUGUGCCUAGCAUCAAUACCUCUCUCUACAAUAGUUGGUUCGACGUUAUAGAAGACUACUCACGCCGUCACAUUACAUUUGCCACAGAUCGUCUUCCUGCCUUAGCGGGUAUUACUAAGGAAUUCGUAAACUAUCUCGGGGAUGAAAGCGAAUAUGGGCUAUGGAGCAAGGAUAUUCAUCGCGGUAUAUUAUUCCAGCAAGUUGAAGACCGUGACGCGUCGCAGUACUCUAAAGUGGUGCCAACAUGGCAUAACUUACCAAGUUGGUCAUGGGUGGCCUGUGGCAAGUCUGUGGUGUGGGGAUAUGGAAUACGAAACAUCGAAGCGGACCGUAUGUGUGAUGUUGAACUUCUCCACCUUGCAAAGACCACACGAAUUCAGCUUCGCGGCACUCUCUUGCCCACUCCGAGCGACUAUCGCAGUUUCGAGAUUGUCAGUAGCAAGGACUCCCUAGGGUGUAAGCUUCGGGGGCCGAACGAUAGAGGUUUUAUUCUCGAAUUCUGCCCAGACCCAUGGUUCGAGUCGUUUCUAAGAGAGCACGAGGCCGAAAUUAUACCAGUCUCAACGUCGGGAGAAUGGAUUACCGAGGAUAAGCAAGUAAAAGGAUUCGUUGACAGCAUUCUUAUCAUGCCGAUACUGUGUUACAACGAAUCGUCAGAGGAGGGCGACUACACCCAAUGUGGUACUAUAAUGGGUCUUCUCUUGUAUCCGUUGUCUGGAGCAGAGCGCGGGGUAUAUCGACGAGUGGGCAUUCUAGAGGCUUCAAUACACGGCAGCGACGAGAUGGAUAUCGACACCAUUAAAUGCCAAUUCGAGGCUUAUCGUAGACCUCUUGACCCUCGGCUGUGUCCAGAAGAAGAUUUUGACGGGAAGUACACAGUCACAGUAAUGUAG